AUGGGGCGGCGGCGUCAAGCGGUCGGCAGCCGAGGCAGACGACUUGCGGCACGAGCCAAUCAAAACACGACUGGCCGGCACAGAGCACUGACCCGCGGCCUGAUUGGUCCGUGGUCCGGCCGGCCCGCACUCCUGGCACCUCUUAUCGGGCCAUGCGUGGCUGCGUGGCUGCGUCGCUGCGUCUCUCUGUCGGCCCGUCGGCCCGAGCGUCUGUCGCUCACCGGCCAGGUCUGCUGCGUCGGCGGCCGUCGUCGGACCGGCUCAGUUGGGCGAGUUAACUUCGUUAAGCCGUCCUCCUUCCGGCCCGGCGUCCAGCGCCGCCCUCUGCUCGCCCCGUCCUUCCGCGCACCUCUCCCACCCCGCCCUCAACACCCUGGUGCUAACUGUUUUCGCCCGUCUCCCUCUACACCCCUGCACGUGCCUUUGCGCACAUUCUCUUGUACCGGUUCUUGUGUUUACCUUCGCUCCGGUCGCUCCGGUCGCCCCGCUCGGCUCGUCCAGCACAGUUCCCAGGCGGUGUCGACCGCCUACUCUCCUAUUGCUCCACCCGCUUCUAUGUUUGUGUGUGUGUGUGCUUGUCUCUCUCCAUCCCCAUCUAUCACUCCGUCUCUGCCUCGGGGGUUGUCUUUGUCUGCGUGA